AUGGCGUGGAAAGGUGAACGGCCAGACAUGUCUCGUCAAUUCCUAAAGGUGAAUCUGAGUGAGGUGGAGGAGGAGACGCAGCUGCUAGCAGAGAAAGUAUAUGCAUCAGCACUAAAAGAAGAAGAAAACAAAAAUGCUUUGUCAAUGUUCACGAUGCCCGAAGACUGCCCAAUUGGCCUCCAGCAAGCCAAAGACCAUGAACUGCUUAAGGAGCUGGCAGAGCAGCAGUCGGAGGAGACUGUUAAGAGGAAGAACAGCCUGAAGAUGAUUCGCUCCAAGUCCCUGCAGAUCCCAGCCAAUUCAGACUGGGCACGCAUAGUGACACCAUUCAUUUCCCCCAGCUCCACCUGCUCGUCUGUGCAAGAGAACUGCCCUGAUUAUCAGAGGGUUACUAUUAGUGGGGAUUACUGUGCUGGUAUCACGCUGGACGACUACGAUCAGGCGGCGAAAAAUCUGUGUAAAGCACUGCUUCUGCGAGAGAAAUACUCAAAGCUAGCCUAUCACAGAUUCUGUAGAACGACAAGCAAGUUCCUAUGCAGUGCUCAGAACAAGAGCUGGUGUGAAGAAGGUGAAAUCCUGCCAGACGUGUGCCCAUGUCUAGAAGCUGGGGAGGAUCCCUACUGCAUGGACAACAUCCCCGAGAACCUGAACUAUGCACUGAAGAUGAAGGAUGGGAUAGUGUAUGUGUAUGAUAAUGAAGAGGCUCUCAAACACAACCAGCCCCAUGAUCUUCCUUACCCAGACUUGGAGACAUUUGCUAUAGAGCUGAGUCAUGUGCUUGCCAUGACUGCAGAUGGGCCUACGAAAACCUACUGCCAUAGAAGACUAAAUUUCUUGAGUUCAAAGUUCAACCUCCAUGAGAUGCUCAAUGAGAUGGCUGAGCUCAAGGAACUAAAAUGUGUCCCUCACAGAGAUUUCUACAAUGUUAGGAAGGUGGACACACACAUUCAUGCAGCUGCAUGCAUGUCUCAGAAACACCUGCUCACUUUCAUCCAGAAAACAUAUCAGACUGAUGCAGACCGUGUAGUUUUAGAAAAGGAUGGACAAAAAAUGACUCUCAAACAGGUUUUCCAGCACAUCAACAAAGACCCCUAUGACCUUACCGUGGACUCUCUGGAUGUGCAUGCUGGGAGACAAACCUUCCACCGCUUUGAUAAGUUCAAUGCGAAGUAUAACCCAGUGGGAGCCAGUGAGCUUCGCGAAAUCUUCCUGAAAACAGACAAUGUUGUUAAUGGAGAGUAUUUUGCUUGCAUCAUAAAGGAGGUGGCCCAUGACCUGGAGGAGAGCAAGUAUCAGCAUGCAGAGCCACGCCUGUCCAUCUAUGGAAGCUCUCCUGGCGAGUGGUACAGUCUGUCCAAGUGGUUUAUUGAUCACAAACUGUACUCUCCAAACAUGAGGUGGAUGAUUCAAGUACCCAGAAUAUAUGAUAUUUUCAGGUCGAGGAAGCUGAUACCCAAUUUUUCCAAGAUGCUGGAGAACGUAUUCCUUCCUCUAUUUGAGGCUACAGUUAACCCGCAGAAGCACAAAGAAGUUCAUGUUUUCCUCAAAUAUGUGUCCGGCUUUGACAGUGUGGACGAUGAGUCCAAACACGGUGAUCACAUGUUCUCCUUCAGGAGCCCCAAACCAGAACAGUGGACUUCAAAUGAAAAUCCCCCAUACAGCUACUACGUCUUCCACAUGUAUGCAAACAUCAUAGUCCUCAACAACCUCAGAAAAGAGCGUGGACUGAACACCUUCCAGUUCCGUCCCCAUUGUGGAGAAACUGGAUCGCUCACUCAUCUGGUCUCUGCAUUUCUCACUGCUGACAACAUCUCACAUGGACUCAACCUGAGGAAGAGCCCAGUCCUGCAGUACCUGUACUACCUGGCCCAGGUGCCAAUUGCAAUGUCUCCACUCAGCAACAAUGGUCUGUUCCUGGAAUACUCCAAAAGCCCUCUGAAAGACUUCCUGCACAAAGGUCUGUGUGUGUCCCUGUCCACUGACGAUCCCAUGCUGUUCCACUACACCAAGGAACCACUGAUGGAGGAAUAUGCUAUAGCAGCCCAGCUGUGGAAGUUCAGCACCUGUGAUGUGUGUGAAAUAGCUAGGAACAGUGUGCUGCAGAGUGGAUUUUCUCACCAGGACAAGAAGCGCUUCCUUGGAGAGAACUAUCUGAAAGAUGGACCUGAAGGAAACGAUAUCCAUAAGACCAACGUUGCCCAGGUCCGCAUGGCCUACAGAUACGAAACACUGUGCAAUGAGCUCAGCUUCAUUGUUGAUGCAGUGAAGUCUGAAUCCAUGAAUUUCCACACUGAGUAAAGGGGAAUUCAUAUUUGACACUAUCCGAGCAUGAUGUGCUCUAAGACAUCUAUUUAACUUUGUUUUGUAAAAAGUACCCCCGGGUGACUGUGAGAGAAUAAAAUUCAAUAAAACUGAAACU